AUGGCUCAGCAUGAACCUGACAUGUGUCCACCAUCCUUUUCCCUGCAGCAGGUCCACAGCAUGGUGGCCAUGGCCAACCACACGGUGGGGAUUGAGUCCUACCUCUUGGCAUUCUCUGAAACCAAGGAGCUCCAGGUUGCAGAGGGCUUCCUGUUCUUGCUGAUUUACCUGGUGGCACUGGUGGGGAACCUUCUCAUCAUCACCCUGGUCACCAUGGACCAGUGUCUCCACACCCCCAUGUACUUCUUCCUAAGGAACUUGUCCCUCCUUGAUGUUUGCCUUGUCUCAGUCACUGUCCCAAACUUCAUUCUGAACUCCUUGUGCCACAGAAGCACCAUCUCUUUCCCAGGGUGUGUCUCAGAGGUCCUGUUGGUAAUUCAAUUUGCUGAAGCUGAGCUUUUCACCCUUACAGCCAUGUCCUAUGACCGCUAUGUAGCCAUCUGCUGCCCUCUGCACUAUGAUAUCACCAUGAACAGGGGGUCUAGGGGGUCUGUGUGCAGAUGGUACCUCCUGUUGCAUGUCACCAUUGAUGUGAGUGUGGUCACUGGAGUCAUGUAUGCACUUUUCUGCAUUGUGUCUAAUGGAUUUUCAUAUGUAUACAUUUUUAAAACUGUCACAAGAAUGCCAUCAUCACAAGGGAGGUCAAGAGCCUUCUCCACCUGCAUCCCUCAUCUCAUGGUGGUGACCACGUUUUUUGUGACUGGUGUCACUGCCUGUUUGAAGCCAGUGCCUGAAUCCCCACAUCCUGUGGACUUUCUGGUGUCUAUUCUCUAUUCUGUGAUGCCUCCAUCUUUGAACCCUAAAAUGUACAGUCUGAGGAACAAAGAUGUCAAAGUUUCUCUGCGGAAGAUUCUAUGGAAACUACCUCAUUAUAAGUUUUAA